CUCUGUUGUUACAGUUAAAAGUGACCCCCAUAAUGAAACAAGUGCUUACUACCGAUAGAGGACUUCUUUAGUCGGCGAAGCAGUACGUUUUAAUCUUCAACUGUCACAAGUAAAUGUAUCUAGUUAUUGCUUUACUGCGGUCUAGAGAUUAGCCUGUCUGAAGCAUUUCAUAGAACACAUUUGGGAUUUUUUUUUUUUUUAGCAUUAUUGCUAGCCGUAAACAACAACAACAACAACGCGCUGUAAUCGGAUGACGGCGAGCAUCGUGUUUCGCUGCUGUUUGGGAAUAACACCUUCUGCACAGAAGGACUUUAACGUAUGAAAGUCAAGUGCUAAUUUGAAUUAUGUCCACGUUGUCUUUGGAUAAAGAACUGCAAGAGCGCUUGAGAGAAGCGAGUGCUAUUGGAGACCUUGACGAAGUGCGGACUCUAGUCGAGAGCGGAGUGAACAUCAACUCCCAAAAUGAAAUCAAUGGAUGGACAUGUUUACACUGGGCAUGCAAGAGAAACCAAAAACACGUAGUGGCAUAUCUUCUGAACUCUGGGGCUGACAAAGAAAUUCUCACUGCAAAAGAUGAGUUAGCGGUUCAGUUGACCUCCAAACCCGAGAUCAGAAGACUGCUUGGAGUGGAGGAAGAGGAGGAUGAGCCUGAAGGAAAGCAAACAGAGCUGCCGAUUAUUGCAAACUACCUAUCUAACCCGCCCUUCUUGUAUUGUAAGAUGGAUAAGAGCGAUCUGAGUAUAGCACGACACAUUUCCCAAAAUGGCACCAGUGACCAUUUGGAUUCUGUAGUCUCCGAGCCGGCCACUUUAUCCCCCAUAAAGGAGCAGCAACAGCAGCAGCAGCGCGUCUACUCGGACAGCCAAAGCCAACCGGCAUUGUCCUACGUCUCCAUGGUAGAGUCGAGCAGCAUUGUGCAAAACCAGGUGACUAAUGGGACUCUGUCCAUGGAGGUCUCCCAGGAGGUGCAUCACAGCAACCAUAAUGAGUACACUCACAAUCACAGCAUUGCCCAGAACAGCCCUGUUUGUCCCCCGCUCCCUUCAGCAAGCGCAGGCUCUAAUCCCACCAUUACCCGGCAACAGUCUCUCACCCAUCAGCUGAACGGCUCUCAGCCUGGGGGCUCUAUGCCUGCCUUCCAGCCCUUCUUCUUCACCAGCACCUUCCCUGUAAACGUGCGGGAGCUCGUUCUGAAGGUGCGAAUCCAGAACCCACAUGCCCGAGAAAAUGAUUUCAUCGAGGUGGAGCUGGAUAGACAGGAGCUGACGUACCGUGCAUUGCUGCGGGUCUGCUGCCGUGAGCUGGACAUUAGUGCUGAGCAUGUGGAGAAAAUACGCAAGCUCCCUAACACUAUGCUCAGAAAGGACAAAGACGUGGCUCGACUUCAGGACUUCCAGGAACUGGAGGUGGUGUUGGAGAAGGCAGAGAGUUUGUCUAUGUUCUCUGGCCCAGGAGCACUGAACGACAGGCCCUGCUAUAACAUGAAGGCCUCGAGGCUCACCUACUAGCUCCUGCCUCCAGACCCAGCACAAGGUGGACUGACUCGCUGCCCCAUCUGGGACUGUAGUUCAAAAUGCCUAAUUCAUACCUAUGUUAUGUUAUGUUAUGUUAUGUUUUUUUUGUUUGUUUUUUUGGCCAUUCUACAGAUCAGAUGCCAUUCUUCCAUUUUCCUCCUCAGUCUGUAUACAAUGUUAGCCAUAUGCCUUUUUCUCCCCAGCCUAUAGUUUGCCCGUGCAUGGUCUGAACAGCCAUCUGAAGAACGAUGCGAGGCCCUCAUCCUCUUCUUCCUCCUCCUUCUCCUCCUCCACUGUAAUCCUUAUUCGUUUUGUCACACAUCUUUGGGUUUAAAACGUCUUUCCUGGUCAUGACAUCAUGUUUUAGGAGCCACUGUUUUUCAGUAUACAAAAUUUUCUCACUCGCCUUUGGGUCGUGUAUCCAAAUCUGUCACCUCUCAUGCUGCUGGCCUAUGUGAAGUUUUCAGAUCUGCCUCGCUGCUGUGUUUGCUAUGAGGCCACUGUGUGGUUUUGAGCACAGCUCACAGGGACAGUUGUGACCGGUACCAGCACUUCUUAUUGUCAGUUAUGGUCAUUAACAUAUAUGCACUCUUUUCCCAACACAGGCUAUUUUAAUUUGCACUGGCAAAGCACACAGCAAAUUUGCUUGAUUGCUAACAUCCUCUUUAAAGUGUGUUAGCUUUUUUUUAGCUCCACUUGGGAAAGCCAUUGUAGUUUGAUGUACUAAAAUACAGCAGCUUCAGAAACUAAAACGGAGGGGUGUUUUUCAUGUUCUGCGUAUGUGUGUUUGCCAGAUAAUCCCCAGUGCACUUGAACAAAAUGGCAAGUAGGAGGUACUUUUAAAAAUGCAUGGGGCUUUUUCUAAUUUUAUUGAUUUUUGAAUAUAUCAGUGGUGUGUUUUGGUGAUUAUUGCUGCUCCUUCAGUCACUGCAAAACUAUCUAUCCUCAUGAUCUUGUAUCAAGGCCUAAUAAUCAAUUUUCAUUCUGCACUGAACAAUGUAGCAACGAUUGCCGUUAUUUUAUUUAAAUCUUGAUUUUUAAAGGAACGAAAGAUUCAAGAACAGGGUUUAAUGACUGUGAGCUUCCACGAACACUUUAGGUUUAAUAGUUAUAAUUUGAGGGAUAAAGUUACUAUAAUGGAUAUUGUUCUCUGGACCUAAUUGCCGCACAUGUUUUAUACUUAGGAAGCAGGAUUCAUUUAGGAGCAGUGCCGUUAAGUUAUUCAAUAACAGUCUGUAUUGCGGUCCCAGUUCCUGAGAUAAAACGUGCAAUACUUCUUUAUCAUUUUUGUUUAAAUAAAAUUUGUAUAUAUGCCAAAAGACACAUUGCACAUGUAGACCAGGGGAUGUGCUUCUUUUCUUUGAGUUGUUUUGACAACUUUUGUUUUUGUAGAUGAUCAGGAAGUAUGAAAGUAGGAAAUUCAAAAGUAGGCAUAGCUUCUGAUUUUAUUUUUUCUUCUUCUUUUAUUCACACUAAUUGGAAACUCUUGUCUUUUGUUUUAAAAGGGUGUCUAACAAUGUCCUAAUAUGAAAGUGUGUUCUAAUAUAAAAUGCAGAAACUGUUCACCUUUAACUUUAGUCCCUCUACACAUUGUAUUGUUCUGUACUGAUUUUUUAAAUAUAUUAAUUUAUAAAUUUGACUAGAAAGGAGGAUCCAGAGCACACUACAGCUGAAAUGGAGCCAAGCAUUUGUCUGCCUGCCUGUCUGUCUGUCUGUCUGUCUGUCUAUGUAUCAGUUAUGUUCUGUAUGCUCAUAAAAAUGCUGUCCAUUCACAAGGUUGAGAAAGCUGCAACAUUUCUGACUCAUGUAAGGCAUCAAAAUUCUCUGUGGAAAACUCGGUGUACUAACUGGUCAUGUUCGGGAUGAUGAAUACAGUUUGACUGAACCUAUGCA